CCUACAUACAGUAAGAAAAAAAGAGCAAUCAGCUGAUUGUGAAAAUGUAAUCGCAAAUUUCUGUUUGUCGAUGGUAUUUUUGAAAAUGCAAUCAUAGCCCGUGUUCUUCAGUAUUGCGUACAACUGUAACACGUUUCAUAUUCCAGAAUUAGGGAUUAUUGUUUUUAUGGUGAAUGAAAUAAACACUUCUCGAGUGAAGAUUUAAGUAAUGGCAAGCAACUCUGGAAGUUACAAUUUCAAAGUAGUCUUACUGGGGGAAGGGUGUGUGGGAAAGACAAGUCUUGUGCUUAGAUAUGUAGAAGAUAAGUUUAACACAAAUCACGUCAGUACAGUUCAGGCGUCAUUUCUAAAUAAAAAAUUAAACAUAGACGGCAAACGAAUCAACCUGGCCAUUUGGGAUACGGCUGGUCAAGAAAAAUUCCAUGCCUUAGGACCAAUCUACUACAGAUCUUCAAAUGGAGCGGUCUUGGUGUAUGACAUAACAGAUGAAGACUCUUUUCAGAAAGUCAAGAGUUGGGUGAAGGAAUUAAGAAAGAUGUUGGGAGCCGACAUUUGCCUGGUGAUUGCAGGAAAUAAGACUGAUCUUGAGAAAAACAGGCACGUUAGUUUGGAGGACGCAGAAAACUACGCAAGUAAAGUGGGAGCAAUUCACUUUCAAACAUCUGCCAAGUUAAAUAAAGGUGUCGAAGAUAUGUUUCUUACACUCACACAGAAAAUGCUGGAGACUGUUGAAGAGAAGGAGGCACAAAAUGCGCCGCUGUCCAGGCAGAAUUCGCAGAGACGUAAUGUGGUUGUCGUCGAUGAUGAUCAAGUUCCUCCACCACCUACAAGGCAGUGUUGUGGAAAUUCCUAAAUUAUUAGUUGUUAUAAUUUUGUUGAAUUUGUAUAUAUAUUUAUGUAAUUUUCAUUUUAAUAAUACAUCAUAUACUUCCAA